CUUGGACCCUAUUAGGAUUUUCCCCAGCAUAGUUCUCACGAGGCCUUAAGAGAAACAUGUCCAAUUACUCGACCUGGGCGACCCAAACUCUAGCUGAAACAGUCAAACCAACUCAUGCAUAAAAUCUUGCAUUUCUUCUUUACUUCGACCUGGCCCAUUAAUCGGACAGCAACAAAAACAACAACCUGAUUACCCGAACGAAGCAAGCUAGGGCUAAUGACCAAAACUCUUCGAACAGAGUUGGAAUCCCGCAUUCAAACCCAAUGCUCUUCCCAACUCGACCUCUUGGCUUCUCUCCCGCCUUUAGUCCCCAUUGUUGUGUCUUCCAUCGACCUCUCACUCCAAGUCGUCUCUUCAUUCAACAGCAAGCCCUUAACACCCACUCCUUCACUCCCCAAUGUUGCCACUACCACCGCUAACAACAUACCCUCGAUCAAAAUCAGGUACGUCCAGCACUCCACCGCUCUCGGGGGAUACAAGAAGUAUAUCUUCUAUUACCAAGAUUCAGAACGCCAGAGACGACCAUGACGAUAAGUUAGGCGAUGGGAUGGAAGAGUGUGGUAUAAGUAAUAAGAUGUAUAAUAACUUUCACUCAAUAACUUGAGUUAUUGGGACCAAUGUGAUAUCAAAGCUGGGUUGACUAAAUGGUCGUGUGUUCAAAUCUACACGACCCCAAUAUUAACAGUUGAUUAAAAGCAUAAAGUAUGGUCGCUGCCGUGGAGAAGGUAGCGUUAAGGGAAAUGGGAGAGAGUAUGGUGCUAUCUGUUAGAAAGUGGUAUAAAAUCGAGUAUAACCUUCUCCCAACAACUCGAGUUAUUGAGAGCAACUGGUUUAUGACAUGAUAUCAAAGCUGGUUUGGUCAAGUGAUCAUGUGUUCAAAUCUCCACGACCCUCAAUAUCAAUAAUUGAUUAAAGGCACAAGAUAUGAUGGGCCUGUGCAAACUUCAAAUCCAUGGGUAAGCUUUCAUUUGAGGGGGUAGUGUUAGAGUUGAGAGCAAGUGGUUUAUGACACUAUCCUUGGAGAUGGCUCUAAGGUCCAUGGCAGAGGAGAUUUGUGGUGUUGACUUUGGGGAAUUUGUGGUAAGUGGCAAGUCUAGAGUCAUGGUUUUGAACAUUGAUAUUCAACAUUGAUAUGAAUAUAUCGAAAUUGUGUUUAAUUUUAUUAAAACAAAAUGUAAAAUCUCAUCAGAAGUUGCACCGAAUUACCCAAUGGUGGGAAAGUUGUAGCAAGUUAUCCAAUGGUAAGGUAUUUUGUGCUUACAUUUUGGAUUAACAAUAAUUUAUUUUUUCUUAUCGGUAAAACAACUCAUCAAUUUGGUGUCUUGUAAGCAAUUUUUCUAUUUGGAUACGAUACUAGUUUACAAACACUAAAAAAAUAUUAUUAAAAUUAUAUUGUUAAAAAAAUUAAAUAUACAUC